GUAAAUUGAAAACUUAUUAUUAUUUUUUCUGUCUCAGGAUAUAAGAUAAGGAUAGGAAACGUCCGCUGUUACAGUUUCCUUUGUGCACUAUGCGUUGUUGCAAAUUUUGAGUAUUGCCUUUGAAAUAGUUGAAAAUAAAUAAUUGUAAACAACUGCAAUAAAGAUGUUCUAAAAUCAUCCCAAGAUGGAACUUGGAUUGUUUUGUCUUAUAAUUCUAAUAAAUGUAAUAGAAUCAACUUCCUCUUUUGAAAGUGAUGAAUUAUGCUCAGUCAGUAAUAAUCACAUGGAAUGCGUUUGUGAUAAUUAUCAAAAUUUCACUGUCAAUACUGUAAUAUUAGAAGAUGUGAAUGAAAUAUCAAUAACAGGAUGUGAUUUUGUUAUAGUUCCUUUCAAUGCUUUGACCAACAUGGAAUUGAGCACUCUGGAGUUUCUCAAUAUUAAUCAUCUUUACAUCAUGCCUUAUGCGUUUGUUGCAAUAACCUAUAUGGAUUUUUUAAUUUUCGUUAAUAUUUCUGACUUCCAUCUGCAAGCCAACAGUUUCACAGAAGUUAACGUCGGCACAAUUAAUUUAAGACACAUUUCAUCUGACUUAAUACCUUCAAAUUCAUUUGAGCAUUUUUCAAAUGCCAAAAACUUCGUAAUAAGCAACUGUCAUUUCGAACAAAUUCAGGCAAAAUCCUUUCUUUUGUACAAUAUUUCAUAUUUUGAAAUAAAUUUUUCAAAUCUUGGUCUUUUGGAGAACGAAGCCAUUUUAAUAAAAAACUCCAGUACUAUAGAAAUUUUCUCUAAUAAUCUUAAUCAAACUAACAAUGGUUCUUUCAAUUUAAAUGUAGUUAAAGAACUUAGCAUUUCUGGUUGUGGAUUCAAUUAUCUAGAAGGUGGUACAUUCAUUGGGGAUGACAUUGAAGUAUUUAACUUUGAUCGAAAUCGAAUUGUAACAAUGAAGCCAGAAGGACUUUUGGGUUUAAUUGUGAAUAAGCGUGUAAUAUUUGAAAAUAACGUCAUUGAAAAAAUAGAUGUUAAUUCUUGGGGAUUAUUAUCUCCAAUAGCUUUUACACGGCACAUUAAUGUAUCAUAUUGCUGCAAUUUUGUCAACUGUGAUUGUACCAUUUCGUGGUUAUGGGAUGUGUUAGAACCAGAAGAAUAUGAUUUAUAUCUUGGAAACAGUUGGUGUUUGCAUGAUUUGUCAAAAAAUCUAUCAGAAUUUACUGUCAUAUAUGAUUCUAAUCGAACUUGUUCUGCUUUAGUAUUAAAAUCUCUUUAUGAGGAGAAAUCACAGCGAAGUCUCAGUUCAUCUAAAGCAAAUUAUGAAUGUCAUAAUUUGAAAUUGUUCAAUAUCAUAGCAGUUUGUCUUCAUUUUUUAUUUCAGAAAUGUAGAAAUUUGUUUACUGGGAUUUGAAAUAUAUUUACAUAUUUUGUUUAAAAAUAAAGUAUGAAAUAUAGACUCUCAAGAACAUCUGCUCAAGGUUGAACUAUAAUAGCGGUACUUUAGAGAAUAAUACUGUUCGAAGUUGAUACAACUUUUAUGAGGUGUAGAGUAAAACUAAAAUUAUGUUUAAAUUUAACCAGUAUCGUGUGAUAGACUUUAAAAAGUUCACGAAUGUGGAUCAACUUAUUACCAUAUUAAAUUUGCGGCAAUUUGUGCAAUAAUAAUAUGGAUUUAAUUUUUUUUUUUAAUAGAGUAGAGAAGAGUUGAACGAAACCUGGUCCAACAUAAUGUUUCGUUUCUAAAGCAAUCCGCGAAUAAAAUUGCUUGAAUUUUUAUUUGAAUGAUAAAAUAGCCAUUUUAGCUCCUGAAACAAAAAUUAUUUAAUGUUUAAAAAAAAAACUUUAUUUUGGAGGAUAUAUUCAUAAUUUCUUGAAAUACAGUGAAACUCGUUUUAUCCAACUCUCAUCCGAUGAAACUGGGAAUGUAUAGAAAUAUUGAAAAAAACAACAACUUUUUUUUCUUAUUGAAAUAUUAAUUUAAAGCUAUUUAUCCUACUGAAUAUAUAUUUACCCCUCUGAAAAAUAUUUUACGCGAUCCAUUAACCCGGAGAAACAUACAUCGUUUUAAAAAUCAAGGAGCUAAAGGAAUAUAUUUAGAAUAUAUCGCAAAUUAAGUAAGUUGAUAAGAUUAAAGAUCAGAAACCACAAAUAAAACUUUGAUCAUGUUCUUCGGCAAUGCUACUAGUACAGUCUUCACGUGCUCAUCGUUUACAGUUGAUAUACUGUAUCCAACCUUCUAGGAAUUUUGACUUGGAAUAUAGCUGGCCAGUUAUGUGUGAUUGAAAAAAACCCUGGUUUUAAUUGACAACACUAUUUAGUGAAAUAUAUUAAAAAAUACUUUAUAUAUUUUAAAAGUGAUGCAAAACUUGCUUUAAUAAUUGGAAGAAAAAAAAUCUGCAGAAAUAAAUUGCCGGUGUAAAAGUCAUAAUGUUCCUAAUAGACGCAGGCGUCGACGAAUGCGGUUUUGUGUUUACUUCAUCUUCAAAUAGUAUGGCGAGAGCAUGCCACAUAUUUGAUGUGAUUUCUUAUGACGGUUAGAGUAAUUUAGUCGUAAAUGGCGGUUACCGGUUUUAUCCAUUUAUCCGGUUUUUUCCAACUCUUCUCUACAUAAUAUUAAUAUUUGUAUCAUUUUCAUUUGUAAAUACACCCGUGAAGUAUUAGCCAAAUUAGUAUCAAGUGCAGGCACAUGAUAUAAAAGUUUUCACGUGACUUAGUACAAAUUUUUUGAUCAUUCAUAUCAUUAUGGGUAUAAAGUGUCAUUGCAAAGGCGUGUUGGAGAAAAGUUUAAAAAAAUAAAGACUGUUGAUUUUCGAGAAUGUUUAAAUGAACUAAUAUUCAUGUAACAGGAUUUCUUUAUUGAUAUAAAUUUGCUCCUCUUUGUCUCAACCUUUGCACAACUUCCAAUUUUUCUACUUUUUAAACCAUUUUUUUUUCAUAGAAGAAGAUAUAAUAUGUGUAAAGCUAGCAUUCGAUAAACCAUGAGUCCUCAACGUAAUGUUAACAAUAAUUUUAAUAGACAAUAUGAUGCUUUUUAUAAAAGCUUUUAUACAUGAGCUUGGUUUACUUGUGAAAUUUGUAUCAAUAAAGAAUACUUUAGAACAACAUUACACAUUUCCCGCUCACAAUCGCCAUUUCUUUUAAAUUUUCUUGGUCGUUUAUGUUUAUACAAUGAAUUUUAGCUCUUCUCCGCUGUUUUGUAUAUUUAAUAACAGACUGAUAUUGUUUUGAGCCAAUAUUUGAUUAAAAAGUAAUGAUAAAUAAAGUUCUAGUGAAUGAUCAUAUAUGGAAUUAAUCUGAAAUUGUUUAAUGGAAAAUCCUAUUUAUCUUACAAUAUGUGAAUCAGUUAGAUAAAGAUAUAUAUUAAAUACUACCAGAGCAACCUCAUAAAACUAUGCUGUGGUCAUAUUUAAAUUAAAAAAAAACUUUAUUAACUUUGUUCCAACAAUAAAACUUUAACUUGUAAACAUCUUCUGGUGUCAAAAUGGAACUGACGCUACAUAAUUAUUUUUGUCUGAGAAAUGUUUACAAGAAAUCCUCAAAAUUGUGAGUACCAAUAGCAAUACAUGUUUUCAUAGCUUGAAAGGGGUCAUUGACAAACAGUUCUAGCUAUGUCAGGCAUUUUAUAGACAAUGGAGAGUCGAACAACAAUUGGUUAUUGAUUCUAUUAACGCCUCGUAAGAAGAAGAUAACAAGUAAUAGCUUUUAAAAUAAAUCUGGAAAAGUUUUUUAAGUCUCACAAAAUUGACAUCUAAAUAAUUGCGUAUGAACAUUUUGAAAUAGGUUGGUGCAUGAAGUGAAAUUUUAUUACUAACAGCAGUCGUCUUCAAAAAUUAUUAUUUGUAAAAACUUUCUUAAAGUCAAAAUUACAGCUGCAAAAUAACUUUCUGCUACCGGCCAUGCUUCCCCAAGCUCACAUUGCCCUUCAAUACUAGUAAGACUUUUUUUCUACAAUGUAGGUAGUGACAAUUAUGAGCAUUUACUGCAAACAUUGCUCUGAAUAACCAUUUUCCGACGAUGUUUAUAACAAGUUCGAAACAAGUGCGAUGCCAGAAGGUGACGAGAUGAUAAAUGUUCACUUUUCACGUAAAUAAUCUUUUAUGUAAAUGUUUACAUUUAAAAAAAUCAUCACAAUGUCAAUAAUUGUGAAACUUGAAGAAAAAAUGCAAAAAUAUUUUCAGUCUUAAAAUAAAUUGCUCCGCUUUUUCAUUGAAAUUGUAAAUAAUGCACACAUACAUGUUAACCUUUUGAAUUCGGAGUAUUUUAAAUUUAUGCUGAUGUAAGCACUGAAUCAUUUAUAAUACACAAUACAAUAUUUGUAUAUACUAACUAACAAUCAUGAAACAACGUAAUUAUUAUAUAUUAAGGUAUAAAAGUUUUUAAUUUCAGAGUAGUACCUUUUCAUGUUCCAUCAGUGGGGAGAUCAUCUUUCUAUAAAUUUAUUCAUAGAAAUUACUGUUUAUGACAUAUCGUCGCUUUGAAACUAAACCGUUGUAACUAAAAAAAGUCGAAAAAUGAUAUUUUUGGGUCAUUUUGUGUAAAAAAAGUCACCCUUUUAGAAAAAUAACCUGUUAUCUUUAUAGUUCCAUAAAGUUAAUUUAGAUAGCAGAUAAAUCGUCAUCGCAUUGCCGCGAUUAGCAUUAGCGAGGAAAGUUUGAAAUCGCUCUCCUGAAAAACUUGCUUUUUUGAGUUACCACGGUUUAGUUUCAAAGCGACGAUAUGUAUUUUAUUAUUUGAUCUGUUAUUUAUUGUAUGAAUUACAUCGUCUUGUAAGAAUACAUUUUAAGAAUGAUAAUAAUUCAUUAUUAUUCAUGAUAUGUCUCUGUUGAUUUCAUUAUUGAUUAAAAUUAACUCAGCAAAAUUUCCUUUAUCUGCAUUUAUCUUUUUAAAUUCUUGUAGAUUACAGGUUGGUAUGAAAUAUAAAUCAUGCAUGUUUUUAAAAAAAGGAAAAAUGUAACUGUUUGCUCAUUCAUGUAUUUGGAUUGUACAUAUUUGAUUAUAAUUGUUGAUACUGUCGUAAAUGGUUAAUAUUUUUUUAUUGUUUUCGGAAUAAUAUUUAAUAUGUGUAUUUAAUAUGUAAUAUAAUAAUAUUUAAUAUAUUUAAUAUGUAUAAUUGUUGAUACUGUUCUAAUUGGUUGAUAUUUUUUUAUUGUUUUCAGAAUAAUAUUUAAUAUGUGUAUUCGAAUUAAGUUUUAACUGUUUUAACUAUCAUUGACAUACAGAUAUGUAAAAGAUCAAAUUUAAAAUAAAAUUAAUAAAUAAUA